AUGGCGGUCCUCACAGAACGACGAAAGACGGCAAAGCCAGUCGAGGCGCGCAUGGCAGAGAAAGAAGAGGCAGACAAGUCGAAGAACAAGCCCAGAUCCAAGCUGUCUGAGGGACCAGGGCCUGAUCUUGAGCCCAACAUCCGGGUCGUUGGCUCCAUGGCCUUCGUCUUCAUCGCCCUCAUUGUCGCCGUCUUUUACUACAAGGUAGACAACCGCGAGAAUGGUCCUUUCGCUGGCUGGGUCAACACGAACGCCCCCAUCAUCGAGCGCACACUCAACCGACCCAAGGUCACUCCAAUCCCUAUGUUCGGCGCCCAAGCGCAAGAAGUGACAGGCCAGAUCAAGCUGACCGAAGAAGCGCUGAAAGAGUUCGAUGGCACAGAUCCAGAAAAGCCCAUCUACCUGGGCAUCAACGGCACAAUCUUCGACGUCUCCGCCUCGCCCGCAUUCUACGGCCCAGGCGGACACUACAAUCACUUCGUCGGCAAAGACGCAACCCGCGCCUGGAUUACCGAGUGCUGGGACACCCCAGACCAGUUCACCUGGCGCCUCGACGAUGUCCACGUAAUGUUCAUGAACAAGUUCCUCGACGAACAGCUCCAAAGCGCCGCCGAAGGUGACCUCGGCGAACUGGGGGAAGUCGGCGCAAUGCCGCUUGAAAUGCUCGGCGACAUGGCCAAGAAAGCGAUGGAAAGGUUCGGUAAAGUCUCAGAGAGCGAGAAGAAGAAGAGGAGAAAGCAGGAUAAGAUUGAAGCGGAUGCAAAGGUACAAGAGACGUUGGCGCAUUGGGUCAAAUUCUUUGCUGGCAAUCCGAAGUAUAAGGUGGUGGGGACUGUGAUAUUGGAAGAUAAGCCUGAGCCGCCGAAGCCGUGCGAGGCGGCGAUGAAGAAGAGGCCGAUGAAGGGUGGGAAGUUGGAGAGUAUGAUGGGCGCUAUGGGGCCUAUGAUGGGGGCUGAUGGGAAGGCUGCCGGGAAGGCGAAGGAUAACAAGGCUGGGGAGAUGCCGGCGGCGGUGAAGGAGCAGAUUGCCAAGGCGGAGAAGGCGAAGGAGGAGGCUGCGGCUGCGGAGAAGAAGGAUAAGGCGGAGAAUGUUGUGGUGGAAGAUGAUGAUGAGGAUCUGGUGCAUGAAGAGUUGUAG